UUAAUUUUAUGAAUUUUGGGAGAAGCACGCCACACGCCACCCUGCAAAGGAAAAACAACCUCCUGACCCGCGCUGAGCCGCCGCCGUAAGCAGAACAAGAGUCGGCCGGUUGAGUUUUCUCCAAUUCCUCCUCCGCCAAGCAAUCAAAGUUCUCCCAAAUCCCAAAUUCAAGAAGAAAACUCCUUACAUUUCCACGCGCUAAUCGUUUCAAUCUAACUUCGUACCCGUUUCCCAGAAUCUUGGGGGAUUUUUCGGAUUCGGAAACAAGAUGCUUUCUUGAAUCCCGAGUCGCCGGCUUCCUCCUUCUUCUCUUCGAUUUCGAGCGACCUCCAUGGCGGCCUCCAUUGGCAACACCGAGAUUAAUUGGGACAAGCUUGAUAAGACUAAAUUUUAUGUGGUUGGAGCUGGCUUGUUUACAGGGGUCACAGUGGCACUGUACCCAGUAUCCGUGGUGAAAACCCGGCUACAAGUUGCUUCCAAAGAUGCUCUAGAGGGAGAUGCAUUGUCUAUGGCCAAAGGCAUUUGGAAAGCAGAUGGUAUUCGUGGUUUAUACCGAGGGUUUGGCACUGUGAUCACCGGUGCAGUUCCUGCCCGGAUUAUAUUUCUCACUGCUUUAGAGGCCACCAAGGUGGCUGCUUUCAAGAUGGUUCAACCCUUCAACUUAUCUGAGGCUACAGAGGCAGCUUUGGCUAAUGGAGUAGCUGGAAUGACUGCCUCGCUUUUCUCUCAGGCUGUCUUUGUUCCCAUUGAUGUGAUUAGUCAAAGAUUGAUGGUGCAAGGGUACUCGGGCCAUGCAAAGUACACCGGGGGGAUGGAUGUUGCUCGUAAGGUUAUAAAGUUGGAUGGCAUACGAGGACUUUAUAGAGGGUUUGGACUUUCUAUUAUGACUUACUCUCCAUCUAGCGCCGUAUGGUGGGCUAGUUAUGGUUCAAGCCAGCGCUUAAUCUGGAGUUUCUUAGGCCGUGGAACUGGUUCUGAUGAAGCUGUUCCGAGCGUGGGGAAAAUAGUGUUGGUUCAAGCUGCUGGUGGAAUUAUUGCAGGUGCAACAGCAUCCUGCAUAACAACUCCAUUGGAUACCAUCAAGACACGACUGCAGACAAUGGGACACGAUAAGAGACCCACUGCAAGAGAAGUUGUUAAGAACUUGAUCAGAGAAGAUGGCUGGCAAGGUUUCUACAGAGGGCUAGGUCCAAGAUUUUUCAGUAUGUCCGCCUGGGGCACCUCGAUGAUAUUGGCUUAUGAAUAUCUGAAGCGUUUGUGCGCAAAAGAUGAAUAGGUGGUCAUUCCUCUUCCAUCCACAACCUUUUCUUCUAGCCGUGGAGCGACUGUGCAACGACAGAAAAUUUGGUCAUGAAACAAACUGGUACCGAACAUUUCCGAGGAAUGCUAGAGAUUGUGGACGCUGAAGCCUAAUUUGUUAAUUUCGAUUGGGCAGUUUGAUCCCAAGAUAUCUCAAUAUGCAUACUUUUGGAAAGGUCCUCCGAAUUCGUUCAAGAAUUUUUCUGCUACGUAGUUUUGAUAUCGUUCUUUAAAAAUUUAAUUGAACUCAUUUGAAUUUUUGGUUCUAUAGCAAGUGUACCUUCACUCUCAGCAGGGAAUUUCAACUUAUUAAUGCAACAACAACAAAGCUUUAUCCCA